AUGAAUGCCGAUGGCUCCGUCGAAGACGAGAGCCGGUUGUCGCCCGAGCUGACCACCGACAAGAUGCUGGAACUGUACCGAAACAUGCUCACGGUCAAUGUCAUGGAUAGCAUUAUGUUCGACGCGCAAAGACACGGCCGACUGAGUUUCUACAUGGUUUCCCAUGGCGAAGAGGCCAUUAUGGUCGGGUCGGCGGCGGCCUUAUCUCCGGGUGAUGUUAUCACGACUCAAUAUCGAGAACAUGGCGUUUUCCUUCAGCGAGGCUUCGAGCUCAAGGACUUUAUGAUCCAGCUGACCGCCAACAAGAAUGAUCCAGGCAAAGGCCGCAACAUGCCUGUUCAUUACAGCGGUAAGGCCAAGGUCAACAUCCACGCCGUCGCCUCCACCCUCGGCACUCAAAUCCCCCACGCAGCCGGAGCAGCCUACGCCCUGAAGAUGAACACUCUGCAGGACGGCGCGGAACCUCAAGUUGCCGUCGCAUACUUUGGAGAGGGCGCUGCCAGCGAGGGCGACUUCCACGGCGCCUUGAACAUGGCCGCAACGCAGCAGUGCCCCGUCAUCUUCAUCUGCCGAAACAACGGGUACGCCAUCUCGACCCCUGCAGCGCAGCAGUACAAGGGUGACGGCAUCGCGAGCCGAGGCGCCGGCUACGGCAUCGAGACCCUCCGAGUCGACGGCACCGACAUCUUCGCCGUGUACGAGGCCACUAAGGAGGCGCGGCGGCGCGCGACCGAGGACGGCGGCCGGCCGAUCCUGCUCGAGUUCAUGAGCUACCGCAUCUCGCACCACAGCACGAGCGAUGAUAGCUCGGCGUACCGGGGCCGCGACGAGGUCAACAUCUGGAAGUCGUCGCGUAACCCGCUCUCGCGACUGCGACUCUGGCUCGAGAGCAAGGGCGUCUGGAGCGAGGAGAUGGAGAAGCAGACACGUGCGCAGCUGCGGAAGGACAUCAUCCGUGAGCUGACCGAGGCGGAGAAGGAGAAGAAGCCGGCGCUGCAGGCUAUCUUCUCCGACGUGUACGAGGAGCUGACAGAGGAGGCGGCGGCUCAGAGGGAGGAGCUUAAGAGGAUCAUGCUCAAGUAUCCACAUGAAUAUGACUGCCAUGAGCACGAGGGUGGAAUCGAGAGUUUGUAA